AAUUGACUUCUCAUAUAAAAACAAAGAUGAAAGCAUAUUAUUCUAAUUGAAAAACUUAUCACCAAAAAUAAGCUUAAUUAAAAUAAUUUUUAUUAAAAUUUUGACAGAAUUCUCAUAGACAAUAAAAUUUUUGUUCAUGUAACCAUUUUGUUUGUUUACGAGUCAUUGUCAAACUGACAGCCCCUUUUUGUGAAAAUUUUCUAUGUCAAAUCUGAACUGAAAUAUUAACGAGUAUUCCAGGGAAAUGCUUCUUUGAACAAUUUUCAACGAUGAUAAAUCAACCAUCUUCUGAAGCUCUCAAUGCUGCUACUUAUGUGGAAAAUUAUUUAGACACUGUUGAAAAUUUUCCAGAUGAAGUGCAAAGGCUAGUUUCCAGAAUAAGAGAAUUGCAUGUUUGUUUUAUGGCAAAAGUCAAGGAAGCAAAACACUGGAAAAAUCAAGCAGACGAAAAUCCUAAACAAAAACAGAAAUGUUUAUCAAAGAUGCAAAGAGCUUUGAGUGCAGCUCAAGAAAUAGGUGAUGAAAAGAUGGCUAUAGUUCAAACCAUGAAUGAUAAGAUAGAACUAAGGUGUAGACUGGUAAACCAAGAUCUUCGAAAUCUAGAUAUGUCAAGAGAAGACCAAAAUUCAAAUGAAAAUAGAGAUGUUCCUUUACCAACUUCCUCUGGUGCUACAAAUAAUUCAGCAGUACCAUUAGCAGAAAGAUCCAAUAAAAGGUCACGUCGAGGGGGAAGAAAUGAUAGUUAUAUAGAAAAUAAUCAUGUUGAACCUAUGGUAGAAACCCCAUCUAAAACUCAAAAUCAAUCUGUUCCAAAUUCCUCUCAAAGGAAGACAAGUACUGGUAAAAAGAAGAAAAGGAAGUCGAGACAGAAUACUCAAGCACAACGAGAAGACCAUUCUUCUAAGGAAGAAGAGCCUGUUAUUGACCCUGAUGAACCAACUUAUUGUUUAUGUGAUCAAAUUUCUUAUGGUGAAAUGAUUAUGUGUGAUAAUGAUCUUUGCCCGAUAGAAUGGUUUCAUUUCUCUUGUGUAUCUCUUACAACAAAACCUAAGGGCAAAUGGUAUUGCCCUAAGUGCCGCGGUGAUAGACCGAAUGUUAUGAAACCUAAAGCACAAUUCCUUAGGGAGUUAGAAAAGUACAAUAAGGAAAAGGAGGAGAAAACAUAACUCCAAGGAAUUGGUUGUAGACAUAUUUCUUGUUUGUGUUUGUAUUAUUCGUUUUGCGUCCCCCCUAGGAUAUUUUGGCAGAUCCUAUUUUAAAUUUUUAUUAUGCAAUUUUUUAUUGUAUGUACUAAUAAAAAGAUCUUUCUAUUAUUCAA